AGUGCAUUGUGGGAAGGGCCCCUGGGAUGGGGGGGGAGCAGUGCAUGGUGUGUGUGUGGGGGGGUCCCUUCCGCAAUAGGAGGGUGUUGCAUUCUGAGACUUCCCCCCCUCGCAUGCUACAGUGUGCUAGGAUGCUGUGGCCAUGGGCCGGGCCUGGGAGGGGCAGCAGUGCAUUGUGGGACGGUGCUCCCCCAGUAGCCCACAGUGCACUGGGGGUCCUGCAGUGGAUGGGCUCGAGGCGAGCCCAGCAUGGACCAGUACAGCAUCCUGGGCCGCAUUGGGGAAGGCGCCCACGGCAUCGUCUUCAGAGCCAAGCACAUCGAAACGGGGGAGACCGUGGCGCUGAAGAAGGUUGCUCUGCGGAGGCUGGAGGACGGGAUCCCGAACCAGGCGCUGCGGGAGAUCAAAGCCUUACAAGAGAUCGAGGAGAAUCCGCACGUGGUGAAGCUGAAGGCCGUGUUCCCCCACGGCGCAGGGUUCGUGCUGGUGUUCGAGUACAUGCUGUCGGACCUGGCCGAGGUGAUCCGCAGUGCCCAGCAGCCCCUCUCGCAGGCCCAGGUGAAAGGAUACAUGCUCAUGCUGCUGCAGGGGGUCGCCUUCUGCCACGCCAAUAACAUCAUGCACCGGGACCUGAAACCAGCCAAUUUACUCAUCAGCUCCACGGGGCAGCUGAAGAUCGCAGAUUUUGGCCUGGCCAGGGUGUUCUCCAGCGACGGAGGCCGGCUCUACAGCCACCAGGUGGCCACCAGGGCUGUCGGCUGCAUCUUCGCCGAACUGCUCAGCAGCUCACCCCUCUUCCCCGGGGAGAACGACAUCGAGCAGCUCUGCUGUGUCCUCCGGGUGCUGGGCCCCCCCAACCA